AUGCAUCCGUAUUCGUGCCGUGGAAUGUGUCGUCGAACUCCUGUUUGCUAUUAUGAGACUUUAACGCCCAUUCCACCAGAUGGAGCUAUUAGAAUACAAUCAGCUGGAAAGGAAAUCAAAGACAUGCUAAACGGCAACCCUCUAGAACUUAUUUAUAGCAAUAAAAUUCCUAUUACAUAUUUGCACUACAAUGGAACCAGAACAACUCCUGACUUGCUCCUCUCUUCAAUCGACAUCAGCGAGCAUACACGCCGCAAAAUAAUUGACAAUCCUGGUUCUGAUCCCAAACCAGCCAUUGCUAGUAUUACCGUCGGUAGCAAAACCAUGACAACGAAAGUGUCAACUAAGCUAUCAUGGAACUUCAAGAAGGCUGACUGGUCUAGAUUCACUAACCUUUUAGAGAAUUAA